AUGAAAAGGCUAGGAAUUAUUGAGCAUGUAGGAACCAGUAAGUGGGCCUCGCCCAUUGUUCCCGUGCCAAAGGCAGACGGAAGCGUUCGAAUUUGUGAAAAUUUUCGAGUUACAAUCAACUUCGCUUUGGAAGUAGAGCAGGACCCUCUUCCUAGACCGGAGGACAUAUUUGCAACGUUUUCAGGAGGUCAGCAAUUUUCAAUAUUGGAUCUGGAAUGCGCGUACCUGCUAGUGGAAUUGGAUGCGAAAUCCAGGUCAUACGUGACUAUCAACACGCACAAGGGGCUAUUUAGGUACACACGGUUACCGUUUGGGGUAGCCAGGGCGCCAGCAAUAUUCCAGCAAGUUAUGGAACAAGUAUUGCAUGGGAUACCAAAUGUGGCUUGCUACCUUGAUGACAUUCUGAUCAAAGGAAAAAAUGAGGUUGAACAUUUGCAAAAUCUGACAGCAGUUUUCGAGAGGCUUCGUAACUGUGGGCUACGUUUGAAGAAGAACAAAUGCCAAUUCAUGGAAAACAAAGUGGCUUAUCUGGGAUAUCGAAUAUCAAGUGAAGGUCUGCGAACAGCUCAGUCCAAAGGUGAAGGCCGUAAUAGAUGCACCAACUCCAAGGAAUCUCUCUCAACUGAAAUCAUUUUUGGGAUUAGUGAAUUACUAUGCUCGAUUUCUUCCAAGUUUGGCAGAAGUAUGUCAUCUACUGAAUGA